AUGGCGACAGCCGCCGGAGCGGCGGUGAUGCUGUACCUCGUAUUCAGGCGGAAGAACAAGGUCGAAGAGGAGUGGCCGAGAGCUCGGAGCUUGAGGAUGAAACCAGCUCAGGCGCCGGCAAAUCUGUUUGAAUCGAUCUUGACGUUGUCGGAGACGCUGAGGUUCACUUACUCCGAGACUAUUGGGAAAUGGCCAAUCACCGACUUAGCCUUCGGCAUCAAUUACUUCAUGCGCAAACAGGGCGAUUUGGCAGUUGGAAGUGUGUAUGGUGGAAGCGAUUGUGUGGAGUUGCGAGGCCCUGAAGUUGUAGUUGAGUUAGAGGAGCUAUUGAGGCUGUUGACUCUGUGCAUGCUUUUCUCGAAGAGACCGUUUCCCGAGUUUUUAGAUUCUGCCGGAUUCUCGCUGGACCAUGUCCUUCUCCAUAACCCCAAUGCUGAGGUAGAACUUCAAUGGGGUGGCUGUCCCAAAUUCAUGGUAAUGGUUGAUCAUGUCCAUUCUGAGAUGGCUAAUCCUGUAGUUCUAACACGAUUAUGUGCAUUGCAUGAGUUACUCCUGAAGCCCGCUUUCACUAUUAUACAUGAUAUGCAAUCAAAAUGUUUCCUUCUAUUAAUCCGGGGAACUCAUAGCAUUAAAGAUACACUAACAGCUGCAACUGGUGCUGUGGUUCCCUUUCACCAUUCCAUUUUAAAUGGUGGAGGGAUAAGCAAGUUAGUUUUAGGACAUGCACACUGUGGCAUGGUUGCUGCAGCUCGUUGGAUUGCAAAACUCUGCACUCCUACAUUAUGUAAGGUUCUUAAUGAAUGUCCAGACUCAAAAGUCAAGAUUGUUGGACAUUCACUUGGUGGUGGUACUGCUGCACUAUUAACAUUUAUUCUUAGAGAACAAAAAGAGUUAUCUUCAAUCACCUGCGUCACAUUUGCCCCAGGCAUGUGA